CACUAAGCGCUGUGUGGGUGUGUGUGAGAGUGUGUGUGUGUGAGAGCGAGAGAGCUAUAGAGAGACUCACUCUUGCCUGGGUUGCGAAGGAAUCCGCUUCGCGUGCCCGCUACCCCGUGCAGACCGCUCUCUCUCGCCAUGGCCCUGGGACGUGGAGACGACGAGCAGGCGGCGCCCGAAAGCGGCCGCAACGCCGCGGAGCUUAUCGCGCAAGACAAUGCCGCGCCCGCGCCCUCGACUGCGCGCGCCAAUUUGUCCAGCAUCAUGCCCGGAUGGUUCUCGGAGAUUAGUCCCAUGUGGCCAGGUGAAGCGCAUUCUUUGAAGGUAGAGAAAUUUUUAUUUGAAGGCAAGUCAGACUAUCAAGACGUUGUUGUCUUCGAGUCAGCUACCUACGGGAGGGUUCUCGUUCUGGACGGUGUGAUUCAGCUCACCCAGCGCGACGAGUGCGCCUACCAGGAGAUGAUUACUCAUCUACCCCUUUGUUCAAUCCCGAAUCCUAAGAAGGUGCUAGUGGUUGGCGGAGGUGACGGAGGGGUGCUAAGGGAGAUUGCUCGACACAAAUCUGUUGAACAGAUUGAUAUUUGUGAGAUCGACAAGUUAGUUGUUGACGUAGCGAAAGAAUUCUUCCCUGAUGUUGCUGUAGGAUUCGAGGACCCUCGAGUGAACCUUCAUAUUGGAGAUGGAGUAGCAUUUUUGAAGGCAGUUCCAGAAGGGACGUAUGACGCCAUCAUCGUCGAUUCUUCUGAUCCUGUUGGUCCUGCUCAGGCUUUAUUCGAGAGGCCAUUUUACAAGACAUUGGAUCGAGCGUUACGACCAGGAGGUGUUAUUUGCACACAGGCAGAGAGCCUUUGGCUGCACAUGCCCAUUAUCAAAGAUAUUGUUGGAGCUUGCCGUCACACCUUUAAGGGUUCUAUCAACUAUGCAUGGACUAGUGUUCCAACCUAUCCAAGUGGGGUGAUUGGUUUUAUGCUUUGCUCUACUGCCGGUCCAGCUGUUAAUUUUCGAAAGCCAUGCAACCCAAUAGAUCAAGCUGUGGAUCCCAAUCAUUAUUCCAAGCGUCCACUCAAGUUCUAUAACUCAGCUAUGCAUGAGGCAGCGUUCUCGUUGCCUCAAUUUGCCAGGGAAGAAUUGGAACAUUUGCUCACACCACCCCCAACCUCUUAAUUGAGAGCUUUAUAUAUUGUGCCUCAUCCCAUCGCUUCUUUAUAGGGUAGAACACAUGGCACAAUCUUGUAUGAGCAGUUCCGGCGGUAUUUUCAAAUACGUUUGCUAUACAUGCUAUAUAUUUCCAUCUACAUUGUGAUGGAGGGAAGUUGUGAAUUUCUUUCCGGUUCAAACCUUCCGAUCUACUUAAUAUUAUCAGUCACAGACCUAUUUGAAACCUGUAGGGCCAACUUUUGGUUAAGAAGCCUCAGAUUGUGGGUUGUGAUUUUAUCAUAUGCGGUUCUUAGCCUGCACAAAAUUUAGAGGUUUUUGUUCUUUUUCAUGGUAUCA